UUCAAAUGUGGAAACAGAGUUGCCGUUGCCUUUGUGUUCGUCUACUCAUGUAAUCGGAAAGUUCAGUUUUUAGUCUAGCAGCAUUCGGAUAUUUCUUACACCUAAAUUUCUCAAUCUGUUUUUUAAUAAAUAUAAAAAUGCUCCGUCGAGGAUUCAAAGCAUUAACGAUCCGACCUUUCGCAGAGUCGUGUGGCCUGCUGCUCCGCAACUUUUCGGGAAACUCCCGCAAGAAGCCGAAGUUCGUGAGGCGCCCCCCUCUAAAUCCCAAAUGCAACCUCGUCAACUGGCCGACUCUCCAGAGGCUCUCGCCUGACAGAGUUGUCGAUGAGCAGGACGAGAAGCCCUACUCCACGUUCAAAAUCGACACCAAUCGUCUGCAGGAGAUGUGGCAGCAGACCAGAAUCGCUGCCAGGGAGCAGAACAGCCUACGUGGCCAUCAACCUGCCAACUCCGACUUGAACUCGGAUUCCGAGGACGUGAUCACUGCCCUGGACAAGGUGCGCCAAAUCGAGGAGCGCCGCAAGAUCCAGAACAGGAUGCGCAGUCUCAUGGAGAAGCAGCAGGAGCUGGAGGAGCGGAACCAGGACGAGCUGGAUCGCUUGAUCCCCAGGAAGGAGGUGCCGGUAGAGCGCGAGCCGGCCAGGCAACAGGCGGUUCCCAGGGAGUACUCCCCUGUCCGGAGCCAGGAGAGCACCAAGCCGGGCUCCUGGAUGUCGGCCACCGUUCUGGCGGCCACGGGGAAGAUUCUUCAGCACCGGUACAUGCAAAGACCUCCCAGAAUGACCACCACCAGCUACCAGGUGGGAGCAAAGACUGAAUCGCAGUCUGAGAUCCCGGCCCGUCCAGAAAUCCCCGGUUCGGCGCCAGGCAACAAAUCCCCACCGUCGAGUCAGGCCAAGAUCAGCCUCCAAGAGCUGGCCAAGUCCGUGGUGGAGCUGCACAAGAUCCGCGCCGAGGAGAUGGACAAGACACGAACCCGGGAAGAGUACUCCAAGGACUCAGCCUGCCUGAAACUUUGCGACCUCUCGGCCAUCGGCAGAAUACGACAUCACUAGGCGACGCGAGAAGGAGCUCACCAAAUUACAGAGCAAGUCUAUGGAGUCAUAGUCCCAAUCCCCAGCCCAACCUUACUCUCCUCACAGGAAGCGUUUCUGAGAUAUCCGCAUCGGCCGUACUACAUAUCGGGAGUGGGCCUAGAACCCAUCUAGAUCCUGAUCGGCGGCGGAGUUUUCGACUUGACAACUUGUACCUUUGGACCACGCAGCACUGACAGGAUUCUCAUUAUAAGUGUAGACUUUAGGAUAGAUGGAAAAAUUGUAGUAUUUUAAUACUGGAUUUAAGUAGUUGUAGCAAUAAAUGUAUUUUGACAAAA